GAUUACUUCUUCUUUGCUAAAAGACGUUUGAUGAACCAUAAAAUCGAAACUAAAUACGUCAAAGACUUGGAUCACUGUGAGCUUUUUUGCUACAUGAACGACAACUGCGUCAGUGCUAACUUCAAAAAAGAGCCAGAGACUGGAGGAAUCGCUUAUAUCUGUGAACUGAAUAACGCCACUCAUCUUGAAAAUGAUACUGACCUGAUGACUGAUGCUGAUUUUUAUUAUCGAGGCUCAAAGAACGCGUGCGGUAAAAACCCACCUUGUCAAAAUAAUGCAACUUGUCAGUCCGGUUUCACAAUCAAGGGAUAUCGAUGCUCGUGCCCUCCUGGAUUCGAAGGAGAACAUUGCGAAAAAGAUAUUGAUGAAUGCCAAAAAAAUACUCACGAUUGUCACCUGAACGCUACUUGUCAAAACACAAAUGGAUCCUUUGUGUGCACCUGUUUAUUUGGAUUUAACGGAGAUGGACGGAGCUGCACAGCCGAUCCGUGCCAUAAUUACAGAAACCUGAGCGAGGCUGACAGAAAGAGCACUUACAUCACACCUCACGGUGGAGAAAAAUGUGACGACGAUUCCUCAUCCUUAAUAUUUGGGGAAUGGUAUCGUUUUGUGGGAGAUGCAGGAACAAAAAUGCCAACCCAGUGCGUACCGGGUAAUAGAUGUGGUGCGGUCUUCUCAGGCUGGCUAAAAGGUGGUCACCCCACAUUGGCAGAUGGUGAGGUUUCUUCAGAGGUCUGCUUUACCAGAGGUGGAGAUUGUUGCAAGAAAUCAAAGGAAAUAAAAGUGAAAGACUGCGGAUCCUACUUUAUUUACAAACUACUAAAGGUACCUGCUUGUGAUCUGCGCUACUGUGGCACAGACUGAAUGCUAUAAGCAAGUCAUUCUGCAAAGUAAAAGGAUUCACAAAUCGAUUUAUUGGCACGAACAUGUACAUCAAUGAUAACAGGGACUUAAAAAAUU